UCUCCGCCAAGCUCUAUUAAUAGCGCGCGCGCGCGCGCGGGCGGAGGAAGACGAGGUGGCGCAGGAGGAGUCUGGUGACGUCACAGCCGCGGGGGGAGAGGGGGGGGAGCGCCUCUGAACAGGAAUCAAAACAAGGCGGGGACACGCCCUCUCCGCGCUGCACCUCCGCUGACAGAUCGGCGGACGCAACGGCGGAGAGACAGAGCGAGCGGCGGAGGAGGGCAAGCAUGGAGCCGCGGGAGCGCGCCUGAUCGCCCGCGGGCUCUGCCACUGCUGCGCUGCGGGAGUGCGCGUCUCUGCGUGUUCAACAGCCACCAUCUGGACCGUCGACCAGCCCAGGCGCUCCGCCGCCAUGCCGAACCAGAAGAGCGGCGGCAAGGGCCGCAGGAACAGGCGCACCAACAGCAGCGGCGACGAGCAGGAUGGAGCCGCGGCGGGAGCGACGGCCGGAGGAGCGGCGGCGGCGGCGGUCGCGGCAGCGGCGGCGGCGGCGGCGGCGGCGACGGCGGGCUCGAGCGCGCAGGGUGCCGGGGCCGCGCCGUACGGAGACAACGGCACAGAAGCCCCCUGUGCCACGCCCCUGGUGUGCAGCCUGGGGAGGCCCGUCGACCUGGAGAAGGACGACUACCAACGGGUGGUGUGCAACAGCGAGCUCUGCCCAUACGGCAACUGGAUGCACCUACAGUGCUUCUACGAGUGGGAGAGCAGCAUCCUGGUGCAGUUCAACUGCAUCGGCCGCGCGCGCAGCUGGAACGAGAAGCAGUGUCGCCAGAACAUGUGGACCAAAAAGGGCUACGACCUGGCCUUCCGCUUCUGCUCGUGCCGCUGCGGCCAGGGCCACCUGAAGAAGGACACUGACUGGUACCAGGUGAAGCGCAUGCAGGACGAGCGCAAGAAGAAGGCGGUGCCCGAGAAGGGUCUGGGCAGGUCCUGCGGCGGGGCGGGAGGCGCCUCGGGGGGUGGGGCCGGGGCCGGGGCCGAGUCCGGCGAAGACGCCAAAAAAGGCAGGCACGCGGGGGGGAAUAAGCUGGCCCAUCGGACGCCCAGCCAGGAACAGCCGCGCCGGCAGUCCAUCGACCGGCAGAACUCGCAGGAGAGGGGUGUCGCCGGACAUUGCGGCGGCGGCAGCCUCAGCUUGCGUUCCCCGUGUGACUCGCCAGGCCAGUCCCCGCCGUCGGGGUUCUCCUUCUUCUCCCCGCCGUCCUUCGGCGGGCCCCGUGGCUCUCGCCACCUGGGGGAGUUCCUGAAGAACGCCGUCCACAUGGACAGCCAUCGCCGGCACCUGCUGGCCGGGUCAGGGGCGGGGUCCGGAGCUGGGCAGAUCCCGGGGGUGGGGUCGGGGUCGACCAGGAACGCCCACCUGGACAGCGGCAUGGGGCUGACCUUGCCCAUGUCCUCGCGGCUGGUCCCGGCGGAGCAUCCCGUGCAGUUCCUGCGGAGGCUGGACCUCUCGGAGCUGUUGGCGCACAUCCCGCGGCACAAGCUGAACACGUACCACGUGCGCAUGGAGGAUGACGCCCAUGCCGGCCAGGGCGAGGACCUGCGCAAGUUUAUCCUGUCUGCGCUCAGCGCCAGCCACCGAAACAUGGUGAACUGUGCCCUUUGCCACCGCGCCCUGCCGGUCUUCGAGCAGUUCCCCCUCGUCGAUGGGACCCUGUUCCUCAGUCCUUCUCGUCACGAAGAGAUCGAGUAUGACGUACCCUGCCAUUUACAGGGCCCGGCUGAACUGCAAGCACUGUGGCAAGCCUGUCAUAGAUGUGCGAGUGGGGAUGCAGUACUUCUCCGAGUACAGCAACGUGCAGCAGUGCCCCCACUGUGGAAACCUGGACUACCACUUCAUCAAGCCCUUCUCCUCUUACAAAGUCCUAGAGGCCUAUUGACGAAUGCAGCGCUUGGGGGUGGGGGUUAUUUUUCCUUUCUCUAGGUACCUUGCUUUUAUUCAUAAAAAAAAUUUAAAAUUUAAAUAAAAAAAAAAAACAAAACUUUUUUUUCUUACAGGUAAAAGUUAUAUAUCAUACCAAGAAAGUAUGUUUUAUAAUUAAAGUCAAAAAAGGAAAAAAUAAAUGAAGCACUUCUGUUUAUGUACAUGGAGUCUUUAAAGUUUUUGAAAUGGGUGUUAAAAAAAGGACUGCAGCAAAAACUGUGACGAGUGAAUGUAUCGGUACACCAAAUUGUUUUUGGACAAAAUAAAGAAAACGGAACA